UCAUACUUGUGGGAGGAGUAAGCAAAGGCAGCAAGCCUGAAAAACACGUUCCGCAAAGCCUCCAGUCCAGACGGUUCUAUUCUCUGAGCCAUGAUCAGAUCCUCUGAGCCGCCACAGCAUUCACCUUAAGCUUUGUUAAGCACUUUUCGGCGGUUUUUAUUUGAGCUGCGUAGCGCUGCUCAUCAGGUAGGAGAGUAAGAGCGCAGAGCUGGGAUGGAUGCUGCUCAGAGAGACGCGCCGGUCAGCCCGCUGGAGAGGAGCAGCCACACCGCGUUCAUACACAACAAAACGCUGUAUGUGUGGGGAGGUUACCAGGUAGUUGCUGGACAGGAUGUCGUGUUGCCCAGUGAUGAGAUAUGGCUCUGUGAUUUAGACAGUGGGAUGUGGGAGCGGAGAGAGAUGACUGGAGACAUCCCACCAGACCUGUCGGGCUUCUGCGGUGCUAAUAUUAACACUAAACUCUACAUCUUUGGAGGAUAUGAAACAGCUGGGUACUCCAACCAGAUGUUCAGCGUUGACCUCUCUGAGCCAUGCUGCUCAUGGAAGAGAGUGACUGACACGAAGGGAACGACCCCCUCACCUCGUAACAAACACUCCUGCUGGGUACACAGAGACAGAUUGAUCUACUUUGGUGGAUAUGGAUGCAAGACCUUGAGCGAGUUACGAAACACAUCGUCAUCAAACUUCACUUUGGAAGAGAUGUCCUGGUCAAGAGCUGUGAAUGAAGUAACUCUGUGCAAGGGAUGGAACAGUGAGGUGAAUGUGUUUGACACACUCACAGCUACAUGGAGCAUGCCGGAGACUCAAGGUUCUGCUCCAUCCCCCAGAGGCUGCCAUGCCAGUGCCUUGCUGGGGAACAAAGGUUACAUCAAUGGUGGUGUGGAAGCAGCAGAGUUGGACAUGUUCUGCUUAGACCUGGACACCUGGACCUGGACCAAACUUGACAUCUCCUCAGCUUUUGCACCUCUUGGUCGCUCUUGGCAUACCAUGACGCCCACGUCAGAUCACACGCUGUUCAUGUACGGAGGCUUUGGCACAAAUGGAGAUACUUUAAAUGAUGCCUGGCAGUUUAACACACAAACAAGAGAGUGGACCAAGAUGAUACACCCCCACAAAGACAAGCCCAGAGUUUUCCAUACGGCGUGCCUAGGGAGGGAUAGUGACGUCGUGGUGUUUGGGGGCAGCAGGAACCUCUGCAUCGUCAUGGACUCAAUGGUUAUUUUGAGGCUUCCAUCACCACAUCACUGCAGAGACGUACUCAUCUUUCAGACUCAGCCUUACUCCCUCUCCAGGUUAUGUGAGGAUGUCAUUGGACGAAACUCAGAGCUGCUCAGGAUGCAGCUCAGCUGGCUGCCAUCGAAGCUACAGAGGACACUUGAGAAGAGAAUGAGCUUUUUUUCUGCCAGUUCUUAAAACUUAAAGAGGACUAUGUUUAGACUAGACACCAAAAUUCUGAGCAAGUCUGUCACUGAAAUGUCUUCAUUUAUAAGUUGGGAAUAUGUAUUUAUACUUUU